AUGGGAGGACCGAGAGGUGGCGCUAUCCUGGCGAUCUUGAUGGUCGCGUGGGUGAAGGACCACGUGGCGGCCUUGAACCAGACAGAUCACGCGACGCAGGACGAUCCAACGGCGAACGAGGUGUCCCUCGCCAACGAGUUUGUCGAUCAUCCUCACUCGAUGGCUGGGAAGCCCAGCAAGUUCGAUAUGAACAUUGGCCAAAUGAUACAAACCGACGACAUGUCCCAGUACCAAAUCGAAGCGAGCGGAAUGGAGAACUUCACUUCAUCUCCGACGGAGUCGACGAGAACGAACCUGUCGGAGCUGCUGGAUAGGUUGUCGGGGAUCGAUACGUACAACGUGACCGAUUCCGUGCAGAUUGUACGGAACAGGGACGCCGAUUUCGUCGCUAGGAGGGACGAAAAAGGUAACCAUCGGACGGACGCGAGCCUACUCGAUAAAGUUCAUCGGUACGCCAGAGAGCACGUAGUAAAGAUACGUCUGAGCAGGGAGUUAAUUCCUUCUAGAAAAGCUAGAACCUUCUUCAACGCGUUUGGCCUGAAGAAGCUGCUGUUACCAUUGAUUUUCGGUGUCCAGAUAUUUAAGAGCAUUCUGCUCGCACUUUUCCUGCCCAGCAUCAUCGGCAGUAUCGGUAACAUACUUGGUAAAGGUGUUUCCUCCUUCGCGCAGUCGACGCAGACCACCGCGCAACCGGAAGAGAGUUUCGAGUUCAAGGACAAUUCCGAUCUCUACAACGACGACUACCUGACGCGCCAGCCAGUUGGGACGCUACCCGCCUCGGUGAUGUACGACGAGAGCAUGAUGCAAAAGAAUCCGGAAAUUUCGUCGCGAUACUCGUUCGUCGAUCCCAGAAUAACUCACGCCAACGCCAUUUCGGAUCGUUAUUACACUAGACACGUUGCUGCCAACGGGCUCUCCAAGAAACAGGACUUCAAGGUCUUCCACGAGAUCCCGACGAGCUCGCUGAUGCUGACCAACUACGACCCCUUCUACUCGCCUCUGCUGUCGCGUCUCGACGCCGUCUUCUCCCGUCUGGGCCACACGACGGAGGGUUGCAGGGAGUACGCGGUUUGCGCGAUGUAUCGAAGUCCAGCUCGAUACGCGCCGUACUCCAAUCUGGUCUCGGCGCAGCUGUCCAGGGAGCUGAACGAGCUACGGAGGCCCAGCAGCGACAAUCCUGACGUCCUGCGCUUCUUCCGCUACAUGAAAGCCGCGAAGGACGGCCAGGACGGCGUGAAGUGCGAGGACGCCUACACGAAUUGCGCGAUGGCGCGCGAAGACGAGGCACUGAGGCAGAAUCAGGCAAUCCUGGCGACGUACCAGGACAUCGACAAGCUGGUCCACGCGAGGAAGUUGUAGAAAAGGACGAGAAUCGAUAUCAAAAGUGAAUUAUUCUGUAGAAGUUGAUCGUAGGACUGGUAAGUCUGUUCUGCUGGAAUGAAGACGUGCAGAUGACUUUGGAGGCUCGAUCAGGGGGGCGUAUCAGGACAUUGACGAGAUGGUCCACACGAGGAAGUUGUAGAAAAGGACGAGAGACGAUAUCAAAAGUGAAUUAUCCUGUAGAAGUCGAUCCUACGAGUGGAGAGUCUGAUCUGAUGGAAUGGAAAUAUUCGAAGGACCCUGGAAGCUUUGGAGUUGUAGAACAGGACGCCCCAAUGAUUGCACUGUCACGUAGAACUUGAUCCUAGAUGGGUUGUUUUGAUGAGUCCCAGAAAGCUUGACGGGAGAACGUUUGUGGUUUCGCCAGGUGUCGAAAAUAUACUGCCUCGAGUGGCAUUGCCGAGGGACAGUUGAUCUAUGCGUCGAUCGUCGGUGUGCAGGUAUAAACUUGGAAGGAUUUUAGGGGUAAUUAUAGGUCCGAGGUUGCGGUUCGUGGAAGUAGCGCGGAACUGGACCGAUGAUGUUAUUUAUAAGCGUGGUUGACAUAGUUGGACUGAUUUGGAGCCAGAUCUGAUGGCUCGCGAAAGAUUAGCGCUCUAGAAACCUGGCAACUCGAGUGUGGAUAAACGCAUAAUGGGACUUUCGGUUGUUUGGGAAGAUUGCUUAAAUUGGUUGUUUAUUCAAAUCGGUGGGAUUCGCUAUCCGAUUGUCUGUUUUCAGUUGUUUGGUAAUCUCGAGCAAUGGAACUAUGCGAGCGUUGAAGUCUCCAUAUAUAUGAAGCGUCUAAAGUUAAUUUCAAGAUCAGUUUAGAUAACGCCUAAACUAGUGAUUGUAUGGAAUAAUAGUAUAGGCACAUUUUGUUCCAUUUUUCAUGGAGAAUUUGAUAGUAUUAAGAUGAUAUUCUUAAUUUUUAUUUUUCGAAAGUUAUUUAAAGGUCAGCUUGAUUUCUUUGAAUGGAAAGUUUCACUUCUCUAUUGAUAUUACUUUACUAAAUAAAAUGUUUUCAAAAUCUUCGAA